GUGGCUCUAGGCGGAGUUGUUUGCCAGCAGAGACAGCAUCGCACACAGAGCGCAGAGCGGCGCCCCACCACCGCCUUUGCGUCAACCAUCCUCACACAGUCAGUCAACCAACACAACAUCAGCCCUCGCAGCAUCCGCAUCUCACGGCCAGGAGGACCAGGAGCACAUCCUCAUCUAAGCAUCCAUUCCACAACUGCCCGCCAUCGUCUGCGCAGCGCCGACACCACCACUUGCUUUUUGCUUCGGCUCGGAUUAUUUACUUUGUUGUAUUUAUAUUCUCCGGGAUGGUUUUAUGUUUUAAUCGCGUUUUAUAAGGAAAAACAGGCUCGAAACACAGGGCACCAUCGUUGCAGCGCAAUUAUAUUCGCAUUUUGCAGGAGAUCUGCAGUGGCCAUCCAGAGAAGCUGACUGAGAGCUGAAAUACAACAGUGUGUCAGUGAGGUGAUCGUUAUCUCCUCAGAGAGAUAUUCACGGGACUGUUUCCUCCCAGGCUUUAGAUGCCCCGCAGCAGCCUGUAGCCCUGGUCUCCCAGCUGUCUGAAGCACUGAGGCUUUGAGACCCUCAGGAUCUCCCCUGGCAGACACUCUUCUGACCCAGCGCGGCUAAAGCCUCUGGACGCCUCCCCACGGUCGCCAUGGGAACCGUUCUGUCUUUGUCACCCAGCUACCGAAAGGCAGCUCUCUUUGAGGAUGGACCGGCCACUGUGGGCCACUAUACAGCUGUCCAGAACAGCAAGAACGCCAAAGACAAGAACCUGAAGCGCCACUCGCUCAUCAACGUGCUCCCAUGGAAGCGGAUUGUAGCAGUGUCAGCCAAGAAGAAAGGCUCCAAGAAGGUGCAGCCCAACGGCAACUACCAGAACAAUGUCACCCACCUGAACAAUGAAAACCUGAAGAAGUCGCAGUCAUGCGCCAACCUGUCCACCUUCGCCCAGGAUCAGAGCACUCCUGCUCUCACCAAGAGCUCCAACAACACAGUAUCGUCUGUCAAGAAGGCCCCUCUGACUAACUCCAAUGUGGCUCCUGGGACCCCUAAGAGAGUGAUUGUCCAGGCCUCCACCAGUGAGCUGCUGCGCUGCCUUGGGGAGUUUCUGUGCCGGCGCUGUUACCGGCUGAAACACCUUUCACCCACAGACCCAGUGCUGUGGCUGCGCAGUGUGGACCGCUCCCUGCUGCUCCAAGGCUGGCAGGACCAGGGAUUCAUCACCCCUGCAAAUGUGGUCUUUGUAUACAUGCUGUGCCGUGACGUGGUCUCCUCAGAGGUGGCCACGGAGCACGAGCUCCAGGCCGUGCUGCUUACCUGCCUCUACCUGUCUUACUCCUACAUGGGCAACGAGAUCUCCUACCCUCUCAAGCCCUUCUUAGUGGAGAGCUCCAAGGAGACCUUCUGGGACCGCUGCCUAUCUAUCAUCAACCUGAUGAGCGCAAAGAUGCUCCAGAUCAACUCUGACCCGCACUACUUCACUCAGGUGUUCGCUGACUUGAAGAACGAGAGCCAGAAGGAGGAGGAGAGGAGCCGCCUGCUCAUUGGCCUCGACCGGUGAGGGGAUG